AUGUAUGCUUCUCCAUUGUCGACAGGUGGAACUGCCCGACAAAAGGAGAAGCUUAAAAACAAGAUUGAACGUUUAGAGGCUAAACUUAAUUCCUUAAGAGUAAGCUUUAAUAACGAAAAUGAGUUGAUCAACCAAAUUAAACAGAAAAAUCUCGAAGAAAAUUAUAAAUUACAACAGAUAAUACAAGAAAGUUCUAGAAUUGAACAAGAAAUCCGAAAUGAAAUGUACAAAAGGGGAGAAAUUAAUAGAGAGAUUAAAAAACAAGAACAAAUCCUCGCUAAUCCAAGUUUAGCAGCCGAAGAAUCACAUAACCAAAUGGAAUUGAAGCAUCUUAACAAACUAAUUGACGAAAUUGAACUUGAUAUUCAAGCAAAAGAAGAAAAGAUUGAUACAUUCAAUAAAAAGAUGCAAGAACAAGCUGCAAGUCAACAAUACAGAAAGUCUUCCAUAAUAUUAGAUCAAUCAAAUUUAUCAUUAGCAAGUUUACCUCAAAUUGACUCAAAACCAACUAUCGAGCUGUUAAAACCUACCCUUGAGUUGGGUGAGCUAGUUUCUUUUGAAGUUAAAGAAGAAAAACAGAAUAAACCAGUAUUCCAUUUCGAUGAUUCCGAAGAACACGACAUUCCAGAUCUAGAGGACAAAGAAAAACAAAGAGAAAUUCAAACCGAACUAAAGAGAUGCAUGGCGAUAUUUGAUGCACAUUCAAGAGUUAGAGAUAUUUUAAAUACAACAAAUGCGAAUAUUUCAAGAGCAAAAGCAACAACAGAAUUAGCCAAGAACAAAAAGAAAGAAUACUUAGGAAAAGCUAAUAACAUUGAAUGGCUCGAACACACGAGAUCACAUCGCCAUAAUACAAUAAACCAAUUAGAUGAAACAAUUGCAAGAUAUAAUAAAGAACUAUCAUUAUUGAUGAAAAAGCAAGCAGAUUUGGAGCAAAACAUACAUUUAAUGAAAGAACAGAUUGCAAGAUUGCAGAGGAGAGAUACUCCAGAUGUUCCUCAGCUCGUUGGAGAAAUGCAAUCUUGCAAACUUAAAUUCAAAGAAAGGAAUACAAAACUUCAAAAUGCUUUGAAGAGAAUCACAGAAAUUGAGUCUGAAUCGGAAAAACUAAAGAAGUUUUUGAGGCCAGGAGUUAUUUCUAGAAUUAGGAAUGAAAUAGAUACACUUAGAUACGAGAAGAAUCAGCUCAAAGUAAAGCUCUCAGACUUACAAAAGAUUAACCAAAGCGAAGUUAAAAGAAAUGCUGAGCAAGGUAGAGCGGAAAACAGUAGUAGAGAAGAUCAAAUCAAUAACUUGAUCUUUAAGAUAGGAAAACUUAAGACACAAAGAAAGAAUAUAGAACAAACAAUCGAAUAUACUAAAAUUGCCAUAAUUGGAGCAGGAUUACAUGUACCCCUAAUGAAAGAAAGGAAAAGAAGAGUUAUAUUUUGA